AACAUAAUUUCGUGGAAUUGUAAGUUUGAACAAAUCGAUGGUCUACAAAGUAUCGAGCACGAGGAAGCGAAAAAGUACUUAACCAUGUACGUAGAUAAUCCCAGAAAGAUCGACCACUAUUUAUUCAUCGUUGAUUUUAUCAAGGAUGGAAACAGUAAGCGUUUGGGAAAACUGGCCUGGAAGAUCGAAGGUUUACCCACAGAGUAUGGUAAAGCGCUACGAGAAUUAAAGAAAUUGCUCCCAAAUCCAGACGACGAAAGCGAGGAUACAAAUCUGGAUAAAACAAUAGCAAAGUUGCAUAUACCUGACUUCCUACUGAGGCUGUGGAAGGAUGGCAUCGAAAUCGUGGAGAAAUAUUUUGAAUGA